AUGAACACACCUGGAUCUAUGAUUAUUGGAUGGGUCGCUCUUCUUGCCGCUGGAGGAGGAGCAUACUACUAUGCCAAAAAAGAUAUUGAUGCAAGAAGAAGAGCUCAAGAACUUGCCAAGACUAGACCAACUGAAAAACUGGAAUGGUGGCAAAGGAUUGAACAAGAAAAUAAUACUGGUGAGAAGUCAUCGACACCAAAUACAGGACAGAAUCCAACGAAUACAAGUAGUAGCGGUACUUAG